AUGGAGAAUUUGCGCACUAAGGCUGCUGCACCUGCUUGGGUUUCAGCUGUUUGGAACCAAGAUCUCCAUCCACGUGCUGCUGUGUUUGGUUGGAGACUUUCACAUGGGGUGUUACCUACUGAUCACAUGACAGAGGUGCUCUAUGUUUUCAAUCAAAGUUGGAGUGGGUUCCCUACAAUUGAGCUAUUAUUCUCGUGGUGGCGCAGGAAGACCAAGGCAGUCCCACUCUCUAAGGCAUGGGGAGCGCUACUGAUUGUUUGUUGCAAAAAUAUAUGGUGGGAGCGCAACAGACAACGCCAUGAAAAUUUGAGAAGGUCUCCUUCAGAAGUGGCGACUUUAUGCUUUAAAGAAGUUGGAGAUUGCUCUAGGGCGAAAGGGGUACAGGUCAGAACCGUACAAGAUCUUACUUUGGCUCAAUUAAUGUUGAAGGUUCCAGCUGCAAGGCCACCGAUUAAGAGAAUAAUAGAAGUGAAAUGGAAACUACCUCCGCAUGGAUGGUGGAAAUUGAACAUCGAUGGCUCUUCCUUGGGCAACCCAAGCGCGAUUGGAGCAGGAGGGAUUUUUCGGGACCACUUAGGAGCGGUGUUGAGAUGUUUUUCAGAAUACCAGGGCGUGGGUUCAAGCUAUAUGGCUGAACUAGAGGCUUUUUUUGCAGGAGUCAAGCAUGCGAGAGAGAUAGGCGUUGAGAAACUCUGGAUCGAGUGUGACUCAGAGGCUGUAGUCUCAGCCAUACUAUCUUGUAAGAUUCCAUGGAGUCUUAUGCACAAGUGGGGGAACACUAGUACUUUUCUCAAUUCUAUCCAGUGGCGUAUAACACAUUGCUAUAGAGAAGCAAAUUCUGCUGCGGAUGCCCUUGCUACCCAGGCGGCGAAAAGGAAAAUAACUUCAUGUUGGUCUGUCCCCCCUUUAUUCAUUAAGCAGACAAUGUACUGGGAAGCGCUGCAGUGGCCUUUCUAUAGAUUCACAUAG